AUGAGCUCUUCCACAACAGAGGCCCAGCCUCUCUACCGGGACAGCUCGAAGUCGAUAGAUGAGCGGGUAGCGGAUCUUCUGAGCCGCAUGGCUCUAGCUGAGAAGGCCGGUCAACUCUUUCACAACAUGCUCCUUCCCGGGCCCGAGGGAUCCCUUGCCCCAGCUCACCCGAUGUUUGGGAUUGAAGACACCAAACAACUAUUGUCAGAGAAAUUCAUGUCCCAUUUCAACCUUCUCGGACCAGUUCAAGAUCCAACCCACGUCGCUAAAUGGCAAAAUGCCCUGCAAGUACAUGCUCUCAAGCAGACACGCCUGGGAAUACCUAUUACGAUUUCCACCGACCCCCGCAAUCAUUUCACGCAGAACGUGGGAACUGCAUUCAGUGCCGGCUCUCUGAGCUUAUGGCCCGAACCUUUGGGCUUUGCCGCUCUUCGGGAUGCCGCUCUUGUCGAGCGAUUUGCCGAUAUCGCUAGACAGGAAUACAUCGCUUGGGUCGAUUUAUCGACGGAGUAUCGAUGGGCUCGCAUCUGCGCUACCUUCGGUGAAGAUUCUGAUCUGUCCGGAGAACUUGUUCAAGCUUAUAUUCGUGGGUUUCAAGGCGGCAAGGAUAUCACCUCUACCAGUGUCUCUACUAUGACCAAGCAUUUCCCUGGUGGCGGUCCACAAAUGAAUGGUGAAGAUCCUCAUUUUGCCUAUGGACGUGAGCAGAUUUAUCCCGGAGAUAAUAUCGAGUAUCAUCUCAAGCCCUUCCGAAAGGCCAUUGAGGCUGGUACGCGCUUUAUGAUGCCAUACUAUGGUAUGCCGAUAGGCACCGAGUGGGAGGAAGUUGGCUUUGCGUUCAACAAGGCUGUUAUGACCGGUCUCUUGCGGGAGAAGCUCGGUUUUGACGGUAUUGUUUGUACCGAUUGGGGCCUGAUCACAGAUACCGCCAUUAUGGGACAAAAUAUGCCUGCUAGAGCUUGGGGCUGUGAGGGCUUGACUGAGCUCGAGCGUACAAAAAAGAUCCUUGAUGCUGGAUGUGACCAGUUCGGAGGAGAGACGCGUACUGAUUUGAUCAUUCAAUUGGUGGAAGACAAGUUGAUUCCCGAAUCUCGAAUUGAUCAAUCGGUCGGUCGUAUCUUGCGGGAGAAAUUCCUUCUUGGUCUUUUCGAGAACCCAUUUGUUGACGUCGAAGAGGCCGCAAAGAUCGUUGGACAGCCUAAAUGGAAAGAGGAGGGAGAACAAGCUCAAAGAUGA